GGUUAGUGGUUAGUGGUUAGGUAACUGGUUUUGUUGAUUUAGUCAGAGCAUGCCUAUUGCGAUAACACUAGUUACUCUUGUUCGUGGUCUGAUCCUGAUCUGAUGCCACAUGCGCCUUCUUGCUCUUCCCCGGACCAUUCAGACCGGUUUCCCCCCUGCGAUCCUUUCCCAUCCCGCAUUCUCGGUGAAAGCGUUGGGGAAUCGCGUGCCUGACAGGUUGAUGGUGCUUUUUAAGCUUACUCUCUAUCUUGUAGCGCUCCCUCCAUUCCCCGCACUUUGGUUCUUUUGGAUGGUUCGUGAUCCCGUUGGACUUGUUUAGUUUCUUCUAUAUAUUGUUCUAAUUUAUACAAUCAAAG